AUGAGCUCUCCUUCUUCACGUAUUUCCUCAAUUAAUAACUCUCCGAACCCAAACUUGCGAAAACCAUCGAGCCGGAGGGAAAGUUUAGACCAGCCAUCCAACGCACAGAAUGCGCCUAUACCAGACGAUGAGCAUGGUGCAGACUUGCCACUGACCAUGUCUGCGUCGGUAGUUUUGACCAGUUUACCACGCGAUGCACACCAAGCUCUGGCGGAUGCCGAAGCUAUUGAUACAGGCAAAGUCACUGUCCGGUUCCAACCCCUGGCAUCUGCCCCGAUUCUUAAAAACCGGGUUUUCAAAAUAAGUGCCUCUCAAAAAUUUGAGACCGUCGUCAAUUUCCUUAGGAAGAAGCUUAAUUGCAAGGACACGGAUUCAGUAAUCUGCUACGUCAACAGUGUUUUUGCUCCCCGCCUUGAUGAAGGUGUAGGGGGCCUUUGGAGAUGCUUCAAGACCGAUGAUCAACUGAUUGUCGCUUACUCUAUGACACCCGCAUUUGGCUGA